GGAUAUUUAAAGAAAAAUGAAGAUGCAGCUUGUUACUCGCCUUUUUAAUUUUGCAAGAUCCAGUUUGUGUAUGAGAAGAUUAUAUACUACACAUAUAAUAUAUAGCUGUUUACAAACUCAAUUAAAAGUGCCAUGCAAAUAUUCUAAUUUGACCUUCAAGAUUGUAAUGAAACAACAUUAUGCUACAUAUUUAGAAAAUCAAGAGUUGAAUACUGUUUUAUUAUCACAUGGACUGACUGAAGAAGAAUUAGAUGACAUGUGGAAAACCAAAUCUCAACUAUUGAACUAUCCAGUUACACAUUGGAAUAACACAAUUGAAAUAUUAAAUAAACAUGGAUUUUCAAUAAAUGACAUCAAAAAUAUUUUAAUGACUGUACCUAGCAUUUUGGAAAUUAAACCAAAUGAUUUAAAUAAUACAAUUAACAAGUGGAGAGAGCAAAAAUUAGGUGAAAAAAAAUUAUUAAUGAUUAUUAAUAACACUCCUUGGUUGUUGUUAUUAAAAGAUAAAUAUAUAGAUGAAAGAGUAAAAGAUAUUUACAAGAUGUUUACAAAUUUGGAUAGACAUAAAUUAUUAGAAAUAUGUCCUUUAAUAUUUAUUGAAGAUUGGAAUAGUAUACUUGAAAAAAUUCAAUAUAUACAAGAAGCUAUGGGAUUUACUCAGAUGCAGAUCGUAAAAGGAAAGUGUUUAGAACAUACUUUAUUACAUAUUAAAACUAGGCAUAUGUGUGCCGUUAUGUGUGGAAAAUUUAAAAGAUUAUCUCCAAAGAAAAAUAUCUUAACUAAUAUUUCAUUGAAAAAGAUUGCUGAUACAACAAAUAGAGAUUUUGCAAAAAUUUGUGGAAUAUCAUUAGAAGAAUACUAUGUAUUUUGUGAUAUUAUGAAGGAAUUAGAUUUAGAUGAAAACUCAGAUGAUGAUGUAUGAGUAUAAAAUUAUUUUAAUUUGAAAUAAAUUAGAACGUGAAAAAUAUACAGUACUGUAUUAAUUAUUAGAAUGUAGUUUAAUGAACUAUUUCACAGUUUUGUUUAAUUUCAACUGUAAAUAUAAAUGUGUCCUAUUAUAAGCAACAAUCCAUUAAAUUACCUAAAAGAAUCUUAGAACAAUUAAAUAUUUUCAUGCUAAUUCAUAUUCAAGAAAAAAUCCAAUCUGAAAUUGAAAUAAAAUUUUAUUCUAAUUUUACAAUUUUAGAUUAAGCUUACUCCUGAAGAUGAAGUUUGAAGUUACAGAAGCAGUAGAACAUUUUGAACUUUAUCUUUAGUGAGGUACUUUUCCUAAGUUACUGAGUUUUAGCACCUUUUCAAUGAUUUUAUUACAAAAAAGUAAAAAUUAUUAUCUUAAUAAUAAAAAGUCUGUUCUCCAAAUAUUUUAAACAACAGUUCACUUUUCAACAUUUCAAUGUUUAAAAUAUUUUUUUCUAGUCUUUUAUUGUAAAUUUCAAAGACUAAUUUACAAUAAUUAUCAUUCCAAACAAUCAAUCAAUGAAUGUGGUUUGUCUGAUGAAACAUGCAUCAUAAAAAAUUGUGCAAUGCCAGAAAAUAUUGAAGUAUAAAAUCCUUAAUAAUUUAUAAUAAAAUUCAGCUAUUUUUGUUUAAAAAUACUUUUUACUCUGCCCAGUAUAUGUUAAGAAGACAAUUGUGAGUUUGGCCAGACCCACAAUGAGGCAGCUGGGGUUGAAGUACAGACCACCUUUGAAAGUUUCUGACUUUUCAGUCUGAUUGGAUUCACUCCCAGACUUUCCAUAGUGGUAGGUUGAUGCCUUAACUACUUCAUCCAUCCAUCUUGCCAGCAAUACUUCCUAUUGAAGACAGCUGGUAAAGGUAUCAGCCUACAUCUGGGGACAUGUGAACAACUACAGGAAUUUUCAUGGACAGUCUGACCUGAGGCAGUUGGCAACACAGCACUUAUCCACUGUCCCCAACUUAUGUGAUGUCAGGACUGAGGCUAACUCACUUU